AUAUCUCACGAACUUUUUUACAUUGAUAAAUAUCAGUUUGUUACAAAGUCUGUUCAGGAUGAAGAUUUUUACGUCAGUUCUAGCCGUACUUUUGCUCUGUUAUGUCACAAGCACAGAAGGCGGAUUCCUCGAUAAACUAAAGAUCAAAAUCAAAAUUCCCAAAUUUACGUUCGGUAUCCCCAGAACGAUCCCUUCAGUGAUUAAAUUCCCUUACAUACCGACCACUCCCAAAACUACUAAAGUUACCACAAAAGCGACGACGCCUACGACGACCACUACACCACGUCCUCCUUCGACGACUGAGCCUACGACUCCUAAACUAAAAUCUGCGGACGAACUCAUGAUUGACGAAUGUCUAGAGAGCAUGAGUAAAUGUGAAUGGACCGCGGAAGAACUCUUAGAAAAAAUGGAAGAACUGUUUAAAUUCGACACAGGCGAAUUUUCCGGGGAGGGGGAUUCUGUUGGACCUGUUGUCGAUCCUAAUUCAAUUUCUACGAAGGAGGUGACUAUAGGAGCCACAAAGAUACCCGGAAUUAUUGGCAUUGGAACUGCAGCAAAGACGACAACAAGUAUAUCGAAACUUCCCAAGGCCUGUUCUCCUUUCUGUAGUAAAUCAGAAGAGACGAGAUACUAUGUAAUCGACUGUCAGGAUUAUUUGACCGACGAAACUUUAAAAUGGCAUUACCAAAGAAGGAAUGCUGUGCUUGGAUGCCUAAAUGUCGAAGUAAAUGUGAACUAGUAGGAUCUGUUCAUUAUUUGUGAUUUUUAAAUUUCGUCUGCAUUUACGAGGACGCUACCUGACAAGUGGAACGAACCUCCAUCACCUCUGAUCUAUAUUAACAAAUUUUUUUUUAUCUUGUUCAAUUUUCAUCUUAUCGUAGAGAUUAAUGCCCAAUCAUUUUUUAUUUUAUAUCAAGAAACCACCAUAUUUUCGUAGAGUUUAUUGAAUGAACUACGUUGAGCUGGGAAAAGUUCCUUUCGACUCCCGAUUUUGAGUUAUGCAAAAAUUCGACUCCGGCCCCGUGUUGACAAAUUGCAACCGGGGUCCGCUUACCGAUUAAAAACAAUUCGACUUCAUCUCCCGACUCUUAGAAUAUUUGACAAUUCGAAAAUGGCUUCGACUCUGUCUCGAAAAUCAGUAAGAAAUUACAGUCCCCAUUGUCUUCAACAUUAAAACAGCAUAACCUCAAUAUUUACCUCAACAAAUUUUAUUCAUUUUGCUUUAAAGCUGGCUGCUUGGUGAUGCAAAAUCAUAUACGAUUCGAUUACAACUCGUUCUCACGGAUUUAACGUAAACAUUUUAGUAUGGACAAAUUAAGCGAGAAUCCCAGCUUUUAACUAAAACUAAAAAUUAUACUGAUAGAAGAAUAUUGGAAUAUCGCUGGGUGCUAUUUAUAGGUUUAUUACUGCAACGGAGGAACGCGAAAAUUAAAUAUUAUUGGUCAAAAGUUCGACGCAAAACAAACGGAACAUCAGUUACUAAUGUCACGUUCUCCAGAUUAUUGGACAUAAAUUAUGCACAUGAAUCGUUUUGCUAAGUCAUUGUUGUGAACUGAGUCGCUUUUUCCUUUGACUAAUCGUCCGAUAAAUUUCAAUUUUUGUUUUCAAGAAAGAAAGAAGUCUCUGGAAGGUUUUAACUUUUAUUCAAGCAUACAUGCCCGAUUUUCACCCAAAAUAUUGUCGUUUAUUUUUUAAUUUCUUAGAACACUUUUACAUGACAUACCCGUAUAAGUGUAAUUUUAUUUGUGUUUAAAUAUUGAUCAUUGUUAUAUCUUAUAUUUGCAUGAUGAUUCGGGUAUGGAUAUUCUGUUAUUCAUUUGUUUUUGACUUGAAUCAAUCAUUCGAGUUGUUUUUUAUUCGUCGUCAUUCAGACUAAAGAGCAUGAUAAAAUAAAAAAUAAGAUAAAUUAUAUUAUAAAUGUUUAUGCGUUUGUCCAUAACCAAGAAAUUAUCAUUCCGUCUGCCUGCCAACGGCACAAUAAUGUAAAUCUUUUUCAAUAAAUUUUAUUCAAAACAUUUAAA